CCGUCUAAUAAUAAUAGAGUCAAAACGGUGCGCAGGGGGGAGAGAACCACAUCACCAUUUCACCUUUUGAAUUCAUAGCCUGCACCGGUCAGGGAUGAUCCACCGCGACAUAACGUAGCCCAGUCUUUCUUCACGUUUUCCUUGAAACUUUCGACAACAUUUUUUCUUUUAACGGCCUUUUCAUAGGCUGUUGCGCUAUUGUCUCCACCUUUUACACUGGCAGCAAGCGUCAUUUGGGUCUCCUCUGUAGUUUAUUGCAGCCAUCCAUCUGCACCCACUGGCGGCUGCGGCCGUGCGGCGCCUUGUUGAUAAACACGAAUCGGAUCCCGUCAAGGACUCCCUCCGGUGCAUUGAUGCACCCGUUUCAGUGGUGUAACGGGUGUUUCUGUGGUCUGGGACUGGUCUACUCCAACAAGUCGUGCACCAUGCCGCCCAUCACCUUCCAGGACCUGCCACUCAACAUCUACAUGGUCAUCUUCGGCACAGGCAUCUUUGUCUUCAUCCUCAGCCUUAUAUUCUGCUGCUAUUUCAUCAGCAAACUACGACACCAAGCGCAGAGCGAGCGGUUUGGGUACAGAGAGGUAGUUUUAAAAGGAGAUCCGAAAAAACUGAAUCUUCACGGGCAGACGUGUGCCGUCUGCCUGGAAGACUUCAAAGUGAAAGACGAGCUGGGAGUGUUGCCAUGCCAACAUGCUUUCCACAGGAAGUGCCUAGUAAAGUGGCUAGAGGUGCGCUGCGUCUGCCCCAUGUGCAACAAACCUAUCGCCGGCCCCCCUGAACAGCAUCACAGCAUAGGGACUCUACUGGACGAACUGGUGUAACCUAGCAACCCCUACCAGCCUGGGCGGGACGGAGCCAGGCCAAGCCAGCUGGUAUUAACUUAGCACUCGAAAGGAAGAGGACACCGUUUUGCUGAGAAAACGCAGCAAAACACAACAAGAUGAUUGUGAGUUGGGGUAACCUAGUUACCACCCGGAGGGAGACUCUGAGGGAUGCUGUUGCCUAGCAUCCAUCCCUGAGAUGGCGACACGACACGUUGUGGUGUCUGAGAGAUUAUCUUCAGCCACCCACACAUCACUCACCACUCUUCUUUCAGCAUCCUCUCUCCUUUCCUCCGUCCUUCACAUCUCCGUCCCUCUCUCCAGUUGCCUCCAGCCGGCUCGAUGGCACGACUGCGGUGGAGGAGCACCAGCUUCAUGUUUCAUGCGGAUGUGUGUACAGCGCCACCAGAAAGUAUUCACACCCCUUCACUUUUUCCACAUUUUGUUACGUUACAGACUUAUUCUAAAACCGAUUUGAGUAUAGUUUUCCUUUAAAAAAAUCUACACAAAAUAGCCCAUAAUGACAAAGUGAAAACAUGUUUUCAGACAUCUGUAACGUAACAAAAUGUGGAAAAAGUGAAGGGGUGUGAAUACUUUCUGGUGGUGCUGUAAAUGAGUGUGGACGGAUGAGAGCCUUGAGUUGGAGGCAAUUCACCGCGAUCCCCUGUGAGCAUGUGUGUGUUGUGUAGCGGUGGGCAUCGAUGCGAUAUGAUAUCGGUAUUGAUUGAGGUUACUAAAACUGAUAUAGAAAAGGGAUAUUAAGAUAAAGAGGUUAUGUCUUUUUCAUACUAUUUCAGCAGGAAGUUUCUGCUCAGUGACCUUGCCGACAGAACUGGCAGCAGCACAAGGAGGCACAGAGAGGAACUGGAAAACCCAGUUACACUGCUAACAAAAAAUAAAUUUAGACAGGGGGCGAAAAGGCCCAACUGCAAAUGGCCAAAACUUAGUUACGGCAAAAGGCCAGCUUGGAAAGAAAUGGUGUUCAUCAGGUUAAUUUUUUAUCAUUUGAUAGGUAAGAGGAGACUUUAGCCAGAGCUCAGAUCACUUUGGACAACAUGGGUUUAAAGGAGCUAAUACAGAGUUUGGUGUGGUAUAUGUUCCCUGUAAAAAAAAAAAAAGAAAAAAAAAAGUCUUGUUUGUUGAAGCUAAAAAUGGAUUUGCAUCUCAUAAUUAACAGGAAAGGUUGCUAUUGUCUAAAAAAAGCACAGUUUGCCUCCAUCUGUAGUCCAUGUGUAGCAGUAAAAGGCUGUUUUCAAAGAACUGUCUUUCUCACAAGUCAAUAAUUAUUAAGUUUACAUUGGAAAAGUGCAACUGAUAUUGAUAUGGUAAAUCCAUAUUGGUGCCCACCUCUAAUAUUUUGUAUAUUUUUAUGUUCUGGUAGUUUUUGCCUCUUGGAUGUUCAGUUUUUCUAUUGUUGAGACACGUUUUGGUUUUGCUGUUGUAACACAGAUGGCAGGGACGUACAACUUGUGCUCCUGCCCUCACCCCAACUGUUUUGUUCUUGGAUGAAAUGUGUUGAAGAUUUUGUAUGUAUUGCACACCGAAUUCACAAAUGUUGUCAAAACCAGUUGCCAGGCCUCUGCUCUCCUAAAAUUUUAGACCAUGGCAUGGAAGCACCACAGCGGGUCUCCUGUUUUCAGGCGUGGUCAGUCUCUCAAAGGGGCUAUGAAGCAUCAGAGAGGUUGCUUCAUCUGAGGAUGAGGUGUCGUAGCACUGAAUUUCAAUGGCGUCGUGUUCAUUCAUUUGAGAAGCAACUCAGUUCCACUUUUAUACACAGCGGUUUGUGGUAUUAUUGCUGGUGAUUCUGUUUUACAUUCCUUGAUGGUAGUUUUUUUGUGAUUUACAACAAUUCAGAUAUCCUAAGCGGACACUGCCUAAUUUGAGCACAAAACUCACAAAGCACACGGUCCGGAUUGGCACCUGCACUGUAGUUAGAAGUCAGACUCACAGGUGAGGCCACCACGCAGCUUCACGUCAGACUGUGUGCCAAGAAAGAAAAGAUUUGUCAAACCUGGUGCAAUUACAGUACAUAAGCAAGAAUUAAGAUGUUUUUUUUUUUUUUUUUUUUCUCAGAUUCUGGCCACAUUCCACAUUUUGUAAUCCAAUGGAUGUAAAUAUCUUCAACUUAAUAAUAAAUCCUGUUGUCUGUUUGCUCCGU